CACGCAGUUGAUUCAAUUUCGUUUAUCUCCAGGCUGAUUGUCUUCAAUUCUACUGGCAGCUCAACCUAUGCUCCUCGACACCCCAGGUCCAUCCGAAACCACAACAUCCCCAACAUCCACCCGCAAGAGAGCUGGGGGCCGAAGGUCCAGGACUGGGUGUCGUACCUGUCGUGCCCGUCAUAAGAAAUGCGACGAAACCCCCGGCGCAUGCACCAAUUGUACAUCCACGGGCCGAACCUGCGACGGAUAUGAGUUUCACCGGUUACCCCGCGAGAAACUGGUCCUCCAGUUGAGUCACGCCGAACCCGCGGUAUAUCAUGCGGCUGUCGCGUUGAGCGCCGUCCACCAGGUUGCCGAGAAGAAAGGCAUGCCGCUUGCUAGGGAGGACUUGGAUAAUACUUGGCAUCGCUUCGCUUUGGAACAGGCGAGUCGCUCCAUCGCCUUGCUUAAUGCGCGACGGACAUCGCAAGAUCCCUGUCUGAGAGAGGUCACUCUGCUGUGCUGCUUGCUUUUCACGUUGUCUGAAUUACUGCGCGGCCGGUAUGAUAACGCCUUUAGACAUCUGCAUGGUGGUAUACACAUCUUGAAACGUCUAGGUGCCCACAGACAACUUGACUCGGCGGAAAUGUUCAAGCCCCCGGUGGAGUGGUGUCUUGUCGAGGCAUUUGCGCACUUGGACGUCCAGUCCAUUCAAUUCGGCGUAGGAGGACCGAUCUGGUUUACCGAUGAGCAGGACCAUAUCCAGCUAGGUAAUGAGAAGUUCACUGCUUUUCAGAAUCUAGCGGAGGCGCGUCAAGCUUUCGAUCGCGUGAUGGGUACCGUGCUUCUUUUCACAGCGAAGGCGUCCGGCUCCGCCCACAGCCAAAUCGCCGCGGACUACGAAACACUCUACAGGAAGCAACUCGACCUAUGUCUACAAAUAGAUACAUUCACCCAAACAUUCAAUAAAUUCCAAACAAACACAUACUCCCAACUAAGCCCAAAACAACAACGAGGAGCCGACAUAAUUUACCUUCACCAGCGUGCCGCAACCCUCACCCUCCAAACCUGCCUAUUAGACGGAAACGAACCAAUCCUUGAUCAAUACACGCCCGAAUUCGAGAACAUCCUAUCUCUAGUGGAUGCAAUAAUGCACACAUUCCCAGAACGGCCAAGCGUCUGCUUCGACAUGGGAAUUAUCCCACCCUUGACUCUCGUGGCUACCGGCUGUCGUGAUUACAAUGUGCGGUGGCGUGCUAUUGAGAUGCUUCGGUCGUGGCCUCAUCGCGAGGGGACCUGGGAUUCGAAUUUGUGUGCGCAGUUGGCGAUUCAGACUAUGAAAGUGGAGGCGAUGAAUAAUUUCAAUGUGGAUGUCAGUGGAAAGGUAACGGGUGGUCGUAAUGAGCCAUCCUUGCGAGGUAUUUUCAUGACAGUUGAAGACGAUCAGUGCCGGGCGCGCAUUUCGUACUUUCUUGGAGAUGUAAAGCACGAAGUUUGCGUUAUGCUGGGGGAAGAUAUAUAUCCUUCUUAG